AUGGGGCAGGACCAGAGCAGUCUUGACGGUGCGGCCUCGCACGCACUUCUUCUAAGCAACGCGCUCUUUCUACAGGCCAAAGCUGGGAAAUACAGUGACUUCGCCCUCGAGUGUGACGGUACCACGUUCCCUGUCCACAAGAUGGUCGUUUGCACACAGGUAAAAGCCUUCGCAGCCGCUUCCAAGGGAGGAUUUAAGGAGGCAUCCUCAGGCGUCUACCGCAUCGACGCAUUUCAAUCAUCGACCGUAGGCUACAUGGUGGAGUACUUGUACACAGGGGAUUAUACCACUGAGUACGAUUGCAAGGACGAUACCGAAGAGUCUCCCUCCAAAGGCAAAACUACUUCACACCCAAGCCCUUCGACUCCGAUUCUGUCCGAGGCUUUGAUUGCACACAUCCAGGUCGCUGAGAUCGCAGAAUACUAUCAGGUGUCGAGGUUGAAGACUCUCGUUGAGAAGAAGGUCGACCAAACACUCCAGAUGCCAUGGUCGCCUGCAGGGUUUGCGAAAGUCGUGGAGCUGGCUUACAAGGUGCCGAAUGCCGAGAGCUUACGUGACAAGAUAGCGGGUGUCCUGGUGCAAUAUCUCGAUGACUUCCUCCUCGACGAUGCUCCUGAGAGCCCGUUUACCGAUGAUGUGUCUGCCCGCGUGCUGCGACUGAUGCGCGAGGCGAGCAAGGCAUCCGCAGAAUCUAUUCAGGCGCUGCAUAGUGAGUGCAAGAGCCUCAAGGAGGAGCUUGCCCUUGAGCGUCAAAAGUAA